AAAAAGCAAGGCAAAGCGUGCUGCUUAUAUACCGCCAGGAGAACACCAGCAAUACUAUAGAAGACAAGCUCUUUGAGGCUCUUGACAAAACUCGACUGAUAGAAAACAGACAGACUUCCAAUUAUCACCGCUGUGGACGCACUGACAAAGGAGUCAGUGCCUUUGGACAGGUUAUUUCCUUGGAUCUCCGCUCAAACUUUAAAGGAGAUAAACUUGGAGAGUCUACAAAUGUCAAAGCAACUAAUACAUCAGAAGAAAUCCGCUACACCCACAUGUUGAAUCAGGUCCUGCCUCCUGAUAUAAGGGUACUGGCUUGGGCUGCAGUAGAGCCCAGUUUCAGUGCUAGAUUUAGUUGCCUGAAGAGGACCUAUUGCUAUUUUUUUCCUCGUGCUAAUCUCGAUGUAGCUCUCAUGAAUGUUGCAGCUCAGAAGUUUGUGGGAGUUCAUGAUUUUCGCAACCUAUGCAAGAUGGAUGUAGCCAACGGGGUGACCAAUUUUCAUAGGACAAUUCUUACUGCAGAGGUGCGGCUUGUGGAUAGAGACGAGGAAACCGAGCAACAAACCCCGUUCCAAAUGUACCAGUUUCAAGUGACGGGCCAGGCCUUCCUCUAUCACCAGGUUCGUUGCAUGAUGGCCAUUCUCUUCCUGAUUGGACAAAGGUUGGAAAAGCCAGGAAUUAUUGACGAGCUGCUGGAUAUUGAGAAUAACCCUAGAAAACCACAGUACAGCAUGGCAGUGGAAUUUCCUUUGGUUCUGUACGACUGUAAGUUUGAAAACAUCCAGUGGAUCUAUGAUCGCCAAGUGCAGGAGUUUAAUGUUACGCAUCUACAGCAACUUUGGACCACCCAUGCUAUUAAAUGUCAUAUGCUGUACUGCAUGUUAAAGGGGCUAGAUGUUGCCGAGAUACCUACAGAUACAGGUUCAGGGAACUCCACAACAAUUCCUUGGAGAGAUAUAACACCUCCAGUUUGCAAUCAGAUCAGUGCUUUAAUCGAGGGAGUGAGAGCCCGUAAAUACAAGCGAUUAAUGGAACGUCCCAAGUGUGAAAGUUUGGAGUCUCGCAUCAGUCACUUUGUGCAUAGAGGGCGUAUUGAACUAGGACACUUGAAAAAAACAAAAUAUUCUGACAUGGAACCAGAUGAGCAGAUGAAAAAUAAGAUCAGUCUUGAGGAUACUGAAAGCACAGAUAUCGAUGGUCCAGAGCAAGCUACAAAGAGGAUCUGCAUGAGUACUGAGUGAGAUUUUGAGAAAGCAUUUGCUCAACUCUAAAGGCAUAUGGUGAUAUUUUACAGACAUACUACUUUAAAAAUAUUUUUAAUAAAAAGAAUGUAAAUAUCCCAAUAAACAUACUUCAUUUAAGAAAUAACAUUUUAUUGCAAAAUAUUAUAAUGUUGAUAUCCUCAGAAAAAUCCUAGUACAGUGGUGCCUCGCUUGACAAAGA